GUCAGAAGCGGAAGUAGCUGUCAGGGUCUGCGGCGGUCGGGUGAAGAUGGGCAGUGAGGGGAGGCUGUAAAGUGUUUAAAAAUACUUACAAACCUAUAAAACUGACAGGUUUACUCGAGCAGCCAUGAAGACGGUGUUUGUGACCGUCGGCACCACGAGCUUUGAUGAGCUCAUUGAACGCAUCACGUCUUCAGACACCGUCCAGGCUUUAAAGGCUCGUGGAUAUGAGCGUUUGGUUCUCCAGGUUGGGAGAGGAUCUCUCCUUCCUGCGGCUGACAGCUGUCCAAACAUCAGACUGGAGGCUUUCCGAUUCAAAGACUCUAUAGCAGCAGACAUCAGGCAGGCCGACCUCGUCGUCAGCCACGCAGGGGCAGGAAGUUGUUUGGAGGCCCUGAGUGCGGGCAAACCUCUGCUGGUCGUUGUCAAUGACAAGCUGAUGGACAACCACCAGCUGGAGCUGGCCAGGGCGCUACACAUGGACUCACACUUGUUGUACUGCACAUGCAGCACCCUGACAGAAACUGUGAGGACCAUGGAUCUCUCUGUUCUUCUACCCUUUCAUCCCGGACAGCCGAAGCACUUUGCUAACUUCCUGGACAAAGCUCUCGGUGUUUAGAGGACGGAUGUUUUCUGUUACACUAAAGUUUGAUGAUGUUGCUUAUGAUUAUUAUUUUUCUUUUUUUAUUGAUAGUGACAGCCAAAGAUAGACAGGAAGGGGGGGCAGAGAGAGAGGGGAUGACAUGCAGCAAAGGGUCAGAUUCGAACCCUGGCCGCUGCAGCAACUCCGUACAUGGGUCACCAGCUCUACCGACUGAGCUAACUGGGCGCCCAUGAUUAUGACACUCAUGUGUGCUGUGAAUUAUUUGUAUGUUUAUUCUAGAUGUAGUUUUUAAAAAGGUUUCAUACAAGUGAAGGAAAGAGAAAACUUUACCAGCCUGAGGCGCUUGAGUCAAAUAAUACACAGCUGAAGGCGUAGCUGCACUUUGACACAGAACAAAGGCUGCAUCAGUUCAGUGCAGCAAAGACAAAGAACCACUUAGUCGAUGUGGAUCCCCUCAAAAACUGUUGAGCUAGACGAUGAUCAGAGUGUUUUGUCCGUGCUGAAGCGUUGACCUCAGUAGUGAAGUCUUUGCCAAUUUGUAAAUCUAAUGAGACAGAAUGGAAAGGUUACGUUUAAUGCAAGCUACUAAGUUUAGACAAAACAAUUUACGAUUCCAUUUUACGACGAGGCAUCGCUUUUAGACUUUGUGGUAUGAAUGGAAAGUGUCAGCCAUUUCUAAAAAUAGCUCAAAUAGUUUAUCUUAUCAGGAAAUUUUUAUUAUAUAUUCAUCUGCCCAUUAGUCGACUGUGCAGAUGGUGUACUUAUUAGCAGCUCUAACUUUUUUUCUUUCUAUCUCUGGUUAAUCUCAGUGCUACAGACGCUGUCUAGCUGAGCACAUGAGGGAGGAAACCAAAAUAAAAUACACAUAAAUGUAAAUAAAGGUCAUACUGUAUAUCCAGCUGAACGUGUCUAAUAUUAAAAUAAAUAUGAAUAAUUCAACCUA